UUGACUACAAAAUAAUUUCGAAGAUGUUCUCAGGAUUUUCUUUCAGUUUUAUUGCUUUUACCAUUACUCGUAGUCGUACCAGAACACAGACGAAAACGGAUAUCUAUAUUUCUUUUAAACAGUGCGAAACUAGUUUAAAGUUCUGAUUGUAUACUAUAUAAUUAAUAUCCUAUGAGUAUUCUAGUUAACGGUGAAAGUUUCUCGCCACCGAAACUUCGAAACUUACUUUGCGAUGGCUGAUCACUGGCACCAACACUCAGGAUCGUUGUGGGCUUCAACGGUUUUGCAAAGCAACAGGAUCUUGGCAUUGCAAGCGUUUGAACUGGGAUCGUCAGAUUCGUACGGCAUUUUAUUCGGAGAAGCGAAUUGGCUGUUUGUGGAUGUUGUCAAACGGCCCUCUAAAACUGAAGCAGUUUUGCAAAAUGGAAACCUCAUCCCGGACAGUCACGAUGUUGGCUCGGAGCGUUUCGGCAAAAAAAGAACAGCACUUCGCGUGUUCUCAAAAGCAGCGGUCCAUGGAAUCGAUGUGUCGAGUCAUGGAAUCUCUGGCAAGGAAGCCGCAUGCAGAUCCGUAUGCGUUUUUGGGGAUCAUUCUGUUCGAGUGGUUGCCUUGGACAGCCUUGAUCACGACAGUCACGAGCCAGGGGUUUUGAGUUUUGUAUCUGACGAAAAGAUCCUGCCGGAUUUGAUAGUCAAUGUGUGUUUUUUGAAUAAAGAGCGAAUCGCUGCGGUUUUGGCUCACAAUGUUGUGAUGAUUUUGUCGGCAUCGCGUUUGGAUACGCUAUAUUCGCUUUCCUGCCAAGAUAACAGCCUUCUAUAUACUGCAAAAAUUAUUACAAGUUCUUUUAAGCGUGAAGCCGCUGAAUUCGUUGUGAUAGGAGGAACAGCAUUCGGGUUUCUGACUGCCUGGAUUGCAUCAGAAACGGAGUCCCCCAACCCGCUUCCCGUCUACCAGUGUCAGCAGCAUACCGGUGCGAUAUUUUCUCUUGACUUCUGUGACAAAAGAAGUCUGCUUUGCUCUACGUCGGACGACCGGUCGUGUAAAGUUUACACUGUCAGGACUUCUUGUGAUAAAGAAGAGAUUACUAAGUGGAGAUCGGCAGAAUUGGAAGUACUGUUCGUGUUGUUUGGACACGAAGCUCGCGUGUGGCGAGGAAAAAUCUUGCAAUCGGGAGAUAUUGUUACAGGCGGCGAAGAUUGUCGCUGUUGCAUAUGGAAUUCGAAGGGACAGCUGAUUAACAGCUGGAAUCGGCAUAGCGGUAUUAAUCUUUGGAGUCUGGAUGUUUUGAAAUAUGGAGACCGUAUUGCGAUCUUUACCGGUGGAGCCGACGGUGCCAUAAUUCUGACGGAAUUUGACUUGAAUCAAAAUAGAUCAGAUGUACUCCAGCUGGAAGUGAAAAGCGUGUCUCCUACCACUGUUAAACGUGUAAAACAAUUCGUAAUGUGGGAUUAUCAUCAUUUUUUGAUAAUCUUGGAAAGUGGAGAAUUGUAUCUUACUUCUAACAACAACGCCUGGGAGCUUUUGUGGGAAAAUCAGGAGUUGUUGCAGUGUGUGGCUAUAGUCCCGUUUCCUCCACUGAACUAUUUCGCGCUGGUAACAUGCAGCGGAAAAAUUUUGGUGUCGACCUUGUCAGAUAGGAGUGAGCGGUCGUGGCAGUGCGACUUGAAAUCUAGUUGCAUGGCAGCCCAUUAUGCUACGGAUGGAACCACUCAUGUUAUGGUGAUUUCUGGCCCUUCUGGUGUGAUGAGGAUUUUUGCAGUUGACACCAAGAGUGAUAACUUUUCUUGCUUGAAGUUAUUGGGGGAUAUCUCGCUGUAUUCGAAAAAUUCCUGGAUCACCGCAGUAGCCGUUCGUAUGGAUAUUUUGGUUUGUGGCGACCGAGGAGGAUCGCUGCACGGGAUAUUGUCGAAAGAGGAAAAAGUCGAGAAAAUCUUUACUAUUCCUCAUGCUCAUGGUUGUGCAGAAGUGUCGCAGAUUACCUUUGCUAGCGACGAUCGUCUUUAUACGUCUGGACGAAGCGGGCAGGUUUUUUAUUGGGAAGUCGCUAAUGCUUGCAGCGGAGAAAAAUUGAAUCUGUUGAAAAGCUUUCAAGUCUCAAAGCGAAUUAUCGAAUGGGUUUGCGGUUUUUCGUUUUCAUUACCUUACCCUCCAAAUGAUUUCUGUAAUAUUGUGGCUUUCGGGUUUCGGGCAUCAAAAUUUGUGGCGGUUGACAUGCUCAAAGGUGCAAAAUUUGUUGAUACUGAAUGUGGGGGAGGAAACCGUUGUUCUGCAGUUGCUGCCUUUCCUGACCGAAGGGAUGUCCGGUUUGCCUUUGUGCGGGCCAACAGCGUUUGUUGGAUUGAUUUUUGCCCUUUUCGUAUUGGAGAGAGGUCGAUAUACGCUAAGGACGCAUUGUCGUCUAGCCCUGUUUGGGCCGUUGACGUCCUUGGCUUUCAUCGCGCCACAGAUCAGAAACAGCGCUUGGCGUACGCUCUGGCACGCGAGGACACCUCGGUUACUGUGAUUGAAGCACCAUUAGAAGGUCAUUUUUGGCCGACGGAUCCUCAGAUCGUUGCGGUCUGCAAAGGCCACCUGAGUUCCGUCCGCGCUGUAAGAUCUUCUUCCUUAUUUCGGGAUUAUUUUUAUUCCGCAGGAGGAAGGAAUCAGCUGAUUUGCUGGAAUAUCGUCAACGACGUUUCAUUAGGAAACAUCGUCAAAGCCUCCGAUUACACUCCUUUUCCUGUAGUUCGCAAACGAUGGUCAGACAAAACGGCAUUGGAUCCCGAUGCAAGAAUUAUGGAUGUGUAUUCGUGCGCCUUGGAUACUACUGUUGAUCUUAUUGCUGCCGGCACAAGUGACGGCCAGGUGAAACUGUUCCGGAAUAGCGGGACACGUAAUUUGCAUCACUGCGGCACCGUGGGACCGCUGAAGCACUGUAUUUUACAUGUACAUCUAGUGAAAAUGAGAGAAAGGAUGGCCUUACUUGCCGGCUUGACAUCCGGUCGGAUAGCCAUUUUCGACCUGUCGAAUUACUUAGAUUCGCUGGAAUUUCAUAUUAGUGAAAGUCAACAGAAUGGUAGUUUCUCCUGCCACCAGUCAGGAGUGGACGCUGUGGAUGUGGGGUGUGACCGAAACCGCUGCUACAGAAUCGCUUCCGGCGCGGACGAUGGUUCAAUAUGCGUACUGUGUUUUCCGGGAUGCGAUGUUUUGGAUAACCCGGACACCGUAAUACGUAUUACCAAACAAGAUGCUCACGCUGCGCAGAUUACUGGAGUACACAUUCUCGAACAAUCAAAUCGGAUUUUAACAGCCUCCAAAGACCAGACAAUAAAAUUAUGGGCCAUUAAAUAUGAGGACGCUGCAAUCGAAAACCUUGGAGUUGUGUACACAUCAGUUGCCGAUGUUGCUGCUUUCCAUUGUCACUCUCUGCGCUGCAGCGCUCUGAGUUCUGCGCUGCAAACAUUUCCACGAAUUCAAUCCAUGAGCGCUGCAGAUUAUUACCAGGAUGCAGCUAAUAAUGGGGAAGUUUAUUAUGUUGCGGUUGUGGGUGCGGGAUUUGAGCUGAUGAAACUGCGCGUCACAUCGGACACUGCGAUUACUUAGCAACGUCGAA